CCAGACUGGCGCAGCACAGUCUGUCAGCGACAGCAGCCUCGACUACACGCGCUAGCUCGCUACUCCGUUCUCUCUCUCCGCAUCUCUAUCCCUUCUCCGCACAUAUACCUUGCCGGUGUUUUACGUUCGUGUGCGCACCAAGUGAUCGUGUUUUUUAUUUUUUGUUGCGUGAGGACAGUGAGAAAGUUGAGGAUAUUUUUUGGUUUGGUUCUUCUGCGGUGGUAGACGUACACACACACACGCGCACGCAUAGUGAUCAUGAAGAUGAUGGUGGUGCAGUUGAUGGCGGUGGCGCUGGUUCUGGCGGUGCAAGUGGCCGGUUAUCCGCAGGAUCGACUCAUGCCAGAUGGAGCUCCCGUUCCUGAGCAGGACAAAACCGGUUACGAGGAUUCCGAAGCUGCGGCAUCGGAGACAGGCGGCGCCGAGGAAGCCUACGACGACGGCGACGACUCGGACAUGUACAUGGAACCGGACGGUGCCGAGAGUACCCAAACGGCAGCCCGACACGAAACCCAACACCACACCGAGACUACCUCGUCCCACCAAUCAGAGGAGCCUCACGAUCAACCAGCUGCGAACCCUCACGUGACCAUCGUAGCAGUCCGCCCCGUACAGACCUCCAUCCAGGUGACCUCCAGCGAGUCAACGGAGUCAUCCUCCGUCUCCAGAUCGAUCGACUACAAGCAGGAACCCGAGGAGAAGAGCCUCGAGACCGACAGCCAGAACUUCUUCCCGUCCUUCGCUGAGCUCUUCGGAAACCACCGUCUACCCUUCACCGAACACCAGCAGCAGCGCUACCGGCCCAGUCGCUUCCUUGGCUACUUCCAGCGCGACAGGCCCUACGCCGUGGCGGCCUCCUCCAACAAGGAACCGGCUCUCCUCGGCUCCGGUAACUUCGGCGUCAUCAGAGGCGGAACCUACUACCCGGAGGACAAGGAGCAGGACGAGUACAGCAUCGACGAGACGGCCUACAGUCCUUUCUACCACGGAACCGGUCGCGGCCGAUCCAACUACUACAAGAACCCUAAGCCGCAACCGGUCAGAGGCGGUGACUUCUUCGCCAACUUCCGUGACUUUGCCGACAUCACAGCCCCACCGAAAUCCAGCUUCUCGCACCUCUCGGUGGUCUACGCCGCCAAGAACGGAAGCAGCGCCGGUCGAGCUCCCGAACAGCCCAGGAACAUCAUCGAGACCCUGAGGAUGCUCGAGGAGGAGGAGGACGUGCCGAUGGCCAAGACGACAACGACGGAGGUGCCCGUGAAGAAGCUCAGCCAGGGCAAGAGGAAACUCAUCAAGAUCAAGAAGUACCAGGAGGAGAAGGCCCGGAAGUCGCGCAUGACCGUCGAACCUCUUCUCGCUCUCAGUUGAACGUGAAAUUGGCGCAGGAGAUCGAAACGACUUAAUAUAUUUUUUUUUUACCGAUGGAAGGAGGAACGCACGCGCGCGCACUGCUAGCUUUUUUUACGCGUUACGGUAAUCCGGCCAUGGAAAAGUCUGAAAAACGUGCGGGAGUUUAUCGAUGAUUCCUUUUUUUACGUUAUAAGGUUGUACGCACGCGCGCGCGCUCGUGCUCGGAAGGAUCGAUGUCUGAUGGGGGAAGCUGAAUUUCGAGAGUAAAAUCGAUUUUCGAAUUUCUCGUACGGAGCGAUUGAUUUUUAUCACUUACUUAUACGUAUACUAUCGUAGUAUUGUAACUUAAUGCAUUGUCAUUUUAUCAUUCAGCAGGAUUCAUUAUUACGGGCGUUCGAUAAGCUUAGUUUUUAAGUUCGCGGGUGUUUGAAGAGUGGAAUCGGUUCGCGAGGACUUCGGCAAAAUACAAUACAGCAAUAGAAAUUUGAUCACGAAUAAAUUAUGAAUUAAUUUUGUGCUCUUUGAAAUAAGAGCACGAAAAUAAUUCGAUUCUCUAACAUUUAACGAAAAAAUGCAAGACUGAUUCAUUCUUCAAACGUAAAAAAGCACACUUUCGUUAAAAAAGCUCGUUGACAGGCGUAACUCCCUUGGAAAAAAAAACGAACCACCCAUCAGUGCGUCCCAUCACUCCGCUUCGCGUCAACAGCUCUCGACACUACACAAGGCAAGCUCACUGACUCGCGCGAUGAUGAUCUACAAACGUGUCUGACCUAAAACGAUUACGCGAGUGCUAUACACCCGCGCCCUUUUCGCGUUCCGCUCGAGCGAGCAUAUAAAGUAAGCGGCACGCGACGACGACUUUCGCAUUCUCGCCGCGAUUUUCCAUUCUCCGCGAGAGUCAGAUGUGUGCUCGAGAGAUAAGAGAGCCGUGUGUGAUGUCGGUGCUUCAAUAUGGUCAUUUUCAACGGGGUGCGGUAGACUUGCUAUUCGGGAGUAACGAUUAUCGUCGUCGUGCCGAGGAUCGAGAGAUCGUAUCUUCCGCGCAAAGAGCAAUGUUUCGGAUGACGGAACGUGUGAACUUUCGAGAAGACGAAAAAAAUCACAAAUCGCGCACAAUCUUGCCUAGAAUCGAGCUGACCACUCACGAAUGACUCGCUCGCAUUAUGCACUUAUCAGUGAGAGGGUAUCAACCUCGUCGACAAGAAGAAGAAAAAAAUAAGGAACAAAAGAGAACCGCGAAUCGCCGGUCGUCAUUAGGAUUUAAGGCCAACGAAACUCGUCUCGCGUUUUCAUCCAAUUUUCGUGUACACAUCAUUAUAAUAAUAUAAUUAUAAUAAUAUUAAAAAAAAGCACGCAGGCAUGGUGGUGUGGAUAAAAAAGGAAAAAAAAAGAUUGACACACGUGGAAAAAAAGAAACGUAUAAGGAGGAGCGAUAAGAAACAGGACGACUAGUGAUGGAACUCCAGGCGCGGGAUCGGCUGCCCUUGGAAUUCCAUCGCUACGAGACUGACCUUCGUGUCGCGGGAGACAAGAUCUUACGGCGAGGCGAAUACUGGAGCAGGGUAACUCGGAAAAACUCUCUCGUGCGAAUGCUAAGGCUCUGAGAGAGAUGCUGUCUGGAUCAUGAGAAAGUCGAAUUUUUCGAUCUAAUGUACGGAGCCUUGGCUGUCAAAAUUUAUGAUUCGCAAGAUUUUCGGAUGAUCGAUUUUUAUUCGAACACAUUGUAAUUCGCAGAACACCGACACUUUACCGUAGAUCUUGUGUGUAUUGUUAUCUCAUUUGUUGUUGACUAUUGUAGCGAUAGACGUAGACUUUAUUCGAGGAUUGGAAAACCAGUGGAAACGUAUGCAGAACAAAGGAGUGAGAAAUUAUAUUACGUACUCGAAAAAAAAGUUAAAAUAAACGAGUCGCCUCCCGUAGAGGCGGAGCCGAGACAAAAAAUCGAAUAAAUAACGUAUUACACGUAGACAUAUAUUUCUUUUGUAAAACUACUAUCCUCUUCGAGUGAUUUUCCAUUCCUGAAAUCCGAAGGAAAAACCCAGCUUUCAGAAAUAAAUUCACCUGCAUUCUCGCCCUUUUUCGGAAGCUUGGAUGAUCGAUCGAAUCGCAAUACUUUUACAAUUUUUUUAAAACAAACGAUCGUUCAAGUCUAACGAAAAAGUCUCCAAACAAACGAAUCCAACAUACCUCUACUUGAUGCACUUCCUCAUCUGGGCUAUCAUUUUCCCGAUACCCUCGUGUAUGUCAGCGUAGCUCGCCUGCGUGUCCAUCCAGGCCGGGGUGCUGUACGCGUUGUACUGCUUGCAGUGCGUCACGCCCUUGACGUCCUUCAGCUCGACCUUGGCGCCCAUCUGCUUGACCUUCUCGAUCGCGUCCGAGUAGACCCACUGCUCCUUCGGACCUGUGCGCACGUAUAUGGAGGGAAGAGAUGGGUCGUUGUUUUGUACGACCGGGAUGUAGAGAGGUGGAAAAUCACGAGAAUACACUGUGUACUUUAAUUUUUAAAUGGUAAUUUUUGUAAAUAAAAUACUUAUAAAUAA